GUGGCCCACGGCCGCAUGGCUGAGAAGGAAGCCCGGCGAAAGUUCAAGCAAAUCGUGGCUGCUGUCAACUUCUGUCACUGUCGUAACAUAGUCCACAGAGAUCUGAAGGCAGAAAAUCUACUUCUGGAUGCUAACCUUAACAUCAAAAUAGCAGACUUUGGGUUCAGUAACAUCUUCACACCUGGUCAGCUGCUUAAAACCUGGUGUGGGAGCCCUCCCUACGCUGCUCCGGAGCUCUUUGAAGGAAAGGAAUAUGAUGGGCCAAAGGUCGACAUUUGGAGCCUCGGCGUGGUGCUGUACGUGCUGGUGUGCGGCGCCCUGCCCUUCGACGGGAGCACGCUGCAGAACCUGCGCGCCAGGGUGCUCAGUGGGAAAUUCCGCAUUCCAUUUUUCAUGUCCACAGAUUCUUUGGAGGGCUUAAAUGACAGCGUCCCAGUUGAUUUGUAUGCCGGCGAAGCGCUGUGCCAGGAACUGAUCGCAGAGUGUCAGCACGAGAGGCGUGUGGAGCCGCUGAACGAGGACGUGUUGCUGGCCAUGGCUGACAUGGGGCUGGACAAGGAGCGCACGGUCCAGUCCUUGAGAGCCGACGCUUACGAUCACUACAGCGCGAUCUACAGCCUGCUCUGCGACCGGCUGAAGAGGCACAAAAAUCUGCGCAUUUCAGCAUCUCCGAGUAUACCCCGGACCAUGACCUUCCCCACCUCUCCUAACAUCCAGACAGAACAGACGGGUAAUACCAUGAGCAUCAAUGUGCCCCAAGUCCAGCUCAUCAACCCUGAAAACCAAAUUGUGGAGACGGAUGGAACGAUGAACCUGGACAGUGAUGAAGGGGAGGAGCCGUCGCCUGAAGCUCUGGUCCGUUACCUCUCGAUGAGGAGGCACACGGUUGGAGUAGCUGACCCACGGACGGAAGUCAUGGAAGAUCUGCAGAAGCUGCUGCCUGGCUAUCCCCGCGUCACUCCUCAGACUCCGUUCCUGCAGGUGACCCCGAACGUGAACUUCAUGCACAACGUGCUGCCUAGGCAGACCCUGCAGCCCACGGGGCAGCUGGAGGAGCAGUCCCUGCUGCAGCCGCCCACCCUGCAGCUGCUGAACGGCAUGGGCCCCCUGGGGCGCAGGGCUUCGGAUGGCGGCGCCAACAUCCAGCUCCACGCGCAGCAGCUGCUGAAGCGUCCUCGAGGUCCGUCUCCGCUCGUCACUAUGACGCCAGCUGUCCCCGCUGUCACCCCUGUGGAUGAGGAGAGCUCCGACGGGGAGCCGGAUCAGGAAGCUGUGCAGAGAUACUUGGCAAAUAGGUCAAAAAGGCACACUCUGGCAAUGACCAACCCUACAGCUGAAAUCCCUCCAGACUUGCAGAGGCAGCUAGGACAGCAGUCCUUCCGACCCCGGGCUUGGGCUCCACACCUGGUACCCGAUCAGCACCGUUCUAUUUACAAGGACUCAAAUACUCUGCACCUCCCCACUGAACGCUUCUCCCCGGUUCGGCGCUUCUCUGAUGGUGCUGCCAGCAUCCAGGCUUUCAAAGCCCACCUGGAGAAGAUGGGCAAUAACAGCAGCAUCAAGCAGCUUCAGCAGGAGUGCGAGCAGCUUCAGAAGAUGUACGGCGGGCACAUGGACGAGAGGACCCUGGAGAAGACGCAGCAGCAGCACAUGUUGUACCAGCAGGAGCAGCACCAUCAGAUUCUCCAUCAGCAGAUCCAGGACUGUAUCCGGCCACCCCAGCCAUCUCCACCCUUGCAAGCUCCGUGUGAAAACCAGCCAGCUCUGCUCACUCACCAGCUUCAGAGGUUACGGAUCCAGCCGUCCAGCCCGCCCCCGAACCACCCGAACAACCACCUCUUCAGGCAGCCCAACA